GGUUCCAGGACCGCGUGCACACGGGCUCGGAUUUGCACCAUGGUGGCAAUUGUUGAGGACACUGGGCAGCUUGCAACUGAGGAAUGGAUGGCGAGCAAAGUAGUUAGUUGUUAAUGGACGUAUACAAAUAACAUAAUGUACGCUAAGGAGGAGCUUGAUGUACGACUCGAUUUUGAGGAUAAAGGAGCCGGGAAGUUGACAAAAAAUCAAACAAGAAUCAAUAACGCAGUGAUUAGGGGCAAACUUGGUUGUGACAUCAUACCUUGUGUGAACCAUGGCAGAUGUACAUUCUAUCGAAUUGGUAAUCUUGGAUUCCUGUGUAUUUGCCCUCCUGGAUUUGAUGGCGAAUUUUGUCAAUAUCGUGCAAUAGAACCAUUUACCGUAAUUUCACUUCUUGGAAUUAUUGCUAUACCGGUACUCAUCUUUGCUUUAUGCUUUGCCAUUUGCUGCAUUUGCAACAGAGAAAGACUGCAUCAUCAAGCCCUUAAAAAUGGCUCUGAGAUUUGUUUAAAUCCAUUUCAAGUUCCUUGUGACCCAAAUUCUCUACGCUCUCCAUUGACUGACAGUUAUCAGGAAAGAUGUGAGAAAGACUAUGGUGAACCUGAAAACUCGGACUUUGUUCUGUUUUCUCCAGUAAAUGACCCCGGUGAACACUAUCCUGAAUUGAAUGAAAUUGCAGAAAAUGAAAGCAGAGGAAAACAUUCAUCACACAGUAUAAUCCAAGUUCCUAGUCCAGAAAUUGCAGAAAAUGAAAGCAGAAGAAAACGUUCAUCACAGAGUAUAAAUCAAGUUCCUAGUCCAGCAGCAGAAGAAGGUAGCAGAAAAUGUUCAACACACAGCCAAAGUUCUUGUACAGAAGCAUUUCAGCGUUGUCUUAAACAAAAUCAACAAGCCAAAGCAGUGGAAGCAGACGGAAGAAAGUCUUCAUUCUCAGUUACAAGCCGAAGUCCGCGCCCAGCAGAAGAAGUUAGCAGAAAAUUUUCAACGCACAGCCAUAGUUCUUGUGCAGAAGCAUUUCAGCGUUGUCUUGAAGAAAAUCAACAAGCCAAAGCAGUGGAAGAAGACAGAAGAAACUCUUCAUUCUCAGUUAUAAGCAAAAGUCCGUGCCCAGAAAAGCAAGAAGAAAAAGCAGCAAAAGAAUGUAGAAGGAUAGCAAACAUUAUUUGUAAACGUCUAUGUGCAGUUGAUAGACAAAACUCAUUUAUGGAAAAUAAAUACACAGAAACUGUAAAGAGAAGAGAAUCUUCAAGAACCAACAAUCAAGAGCCAUAUCCAGUUAAUGGUCGAAGGUACAAUGUAAAAAAUGAACAAACUAAAGCAGCAGAGGGGAGCAAAAGGUCAACACCAAGCACCCGAAGCCAAGGUCCAUGUCCAGUUGCUAUUCAAUGCUGCAUUGAAAUAAAUGAACAGAUGAGAGCUGCGGAGAAAGAUAGAAAAAAACGUACAACAAAGUUCAAAUACCUAAGUCCAUAUCCAGAAAGUCAACAGAUGAAGGAAGCACAUGAAUAUAGACGAAAAUCUUCAUCAGGCAUCUUCUGUCUAGAUCCAUCUCCAUCAAACGAUGUAUGUCUAGAUCCAUUUCCAUCAAAGGUCGCAUGUCUAGAUCCAUGUUCAUCAAACGUCGUAUGUCUAGAUCGAUGUUCAUCGGGUGCCGUGUGUCUAGAUCCAUAUCCAUCACACAUUGUAUGUCUAGAUCCAUGUUCAUCAAACGUCGUAUGUCUAGAUCCAUGUUCAUCAAAUGUCGUAUGUCUAGAUCCAUGUUCAACAGAUGCCUUAUGUCUAGAUCCCUGUUCAACAGAUGUCUUAUGUCCAGAUCCCUGUUCAUCAGAUGCCUUGUGUCCAGAACCCUGUACAGCUUAUGAAGACAAGUGUCAAGGACGAAAUUGGCCUGAUUCAUUUGGAGAUACUGAGAGUAGAACUUGUACAACGGAAUCCAGUGAUCCAAUACUGGUGGAAAAAUGUGACGCUGAAUGUCAAUUCAGUUAUCGAGCUUCUCGAGAACCUUCAGAAGACUGCAUGCCUAACAACAGUGUUUCAUGCCCGGAUGAAGUUGAACAAACAAUACAUUUUCAUUGCAAAAAUCACGAAAUUAUGCAGUGUAAUAAUUUAAGUGAUAACGGUUCUUCGUCUCGGAGUUCUUCCCAAGAAUAUCUCGCUAAUUUACCAACUGAUAUUUCAACAUCAAGAUCGGAGUCAUCUUCACAAAUUUCUUCAUGUUUAGAAGUAGCUGAUGAUUUUGGAAACAAGUCUGAUUGCUCUCUAAAUAGUUCAAUACCAAGUGAAGCACUUCUAAACUUAAUGCAUUGUUAUUUUGCAAAGGGAGAUGAUGUUAAAUCUGUGCAGUUUUCAUUCCAUCUGGAUAAAUCCCAGACUGAUGACUUAAGUCAAAGCACUAAUGUAAAAGGAGACAACAGCAGAUUUUCUUACCAAGGAAAUUCUCCAUCAACUUCUGAAGAAAAAUCCAAAAAAGGAUUAAAAAAUAAAUGUUGUACUACGGAUUAUAAAAGUAUCUUUACAGAUAUGGAAUCAACCUUGACUUCAGGUGAAAAUCUUGCAAGAAACUGUUCAAGCCUUGAUACACCAGAUGUUGAUUCAUUAGUUCCAACAAUGGUGAUUGAUUCAAGUGACUGGUAUUGUGCAGAAGAUAAGGAACCAUGUAGCAAAACUACAGUUCGAUAUAUGUUUACUGAUAGUGAAACUGAUGAUUAAAAUGCAAUUAUAGCAAAAAAAUAUAUACCUAAAUCACUGAAUUAAAAUCAGCUUAAAUGUAUGGCUUAAGUAGAAACAAUAAACAGAAUAAAACUAAUUUAUUCUACUGACAGCCAAUAUACAAAUAAAAACAAGUUAGUUUUA